UGAUAACUCCGUCUCGUCCGCCGCUCUUCUCCGUUCUCCUCCUCCUCCGCCAUUGACGAAGCUCCGCCCGAAACCCUAACCCUCGAUUCGGAGACACUUCUCUCUUACCUUGCCACGAAAUGGAGGAGAUCGGCGAUCGCGUCACCAGAAUCCAAACCCUAACGUUGGAUCUCUUCUCCAACAAUCCUAGUCCGACUCCGUGCCCUGGAUCUCGAUCGAAGAAGCGGCCCCCAUCCGCGGAGGAGACGAGCCCCUUCGAGUGUCUCUCGGAGGAGAUCCUCUUCCUAAUCCUGGAUCGCCUCGACGAGAGCUCCCUCGACAAGAAGGCCUUCUCCCUCGUCUCCCGCUCCUUCCACGCCGCCGAGUCCCGCCACCCGCGCGCCAAUCUCCUCCCCUCCGCGCUCUCCCGGUACCCUUCCGUCUCCCACCUCGAUCUCUCUCUCUCUCCUCGCGUCGGCGACGCCGCGCUCUCCGCCAUUGCCGGAGCUCUUCGGUCGUCGCUGCGAUCGAUCGACCUCUCGCGGUCGAGAUUGUUCUCCCAAAUCGGGCUCGAGAGCCUCGCAGUUACGUGCGCGGGUUUGGUCGAGAUCGAUCUCUCGAACGGCACGGAUCUGAGCGAUGCGGCGGCCGCGGCGAUCGCAAAGGCGAGGAAUUUAGAGAGGCUGUGGCUCGCGAGGUGCAAGAUAAUGACGGAUAUGGGGCUCGGGUGCAUCGCCGUGGGGUGCCCGAAGCUGAGGUUGCUCUGCUUGAAGUGGUGCCUCGGGGUGACGGAUUUGGGGGUCGGGUUGGUUGCGGUGAAGUGUAAGAAGCUUCGGAGUUUGGAUCUCUCCUACACCAUGAUCACAAAGAAGUGCCUUCCUGCUGUCAUGCAAUUACCAUGUCUUGAAGAUUUAGCUUUAGCUGGAUGUCUUGGAAUAAAUGAUCAGGCACUUUUGAGUCUUAAACAGGGAUGCAUGUCAUUAGGGGUACUUGAUGUUUCAAACUGUCAGCAUGUCACUCAUCUUGGAUUAUCUUCAAUAUUAAGUAGAGCUCCGGGUUUAUGCCAACUAAAUUUAGUGUACUUCUGUCCUUUUACUCAAUCUCUGGCCAGCAACUUACAGAAACUCUCGAAACUGCAGUCAAUCAGACUAGAUGGCUGCCCAGUCACGUCAGCUGGAUUAAAGGCCAUUGCUAACUCUUGCACAUCUCUGAAGGAGCUUAGCUUGAGCAAAUGCUCAGGAGUAACUGAUGAAGGUCUCUCAUCUGUCGUUGUGAAACACAAGACCUUGAUGAAGCUAGACAUUACAUGCUGUCGAAAUAUUACUGAUGUGUCAGUAGCCAACAUCACUAGUUCUUGCUCUGCUCUCACGUCUUUAAGGAUGGAAUCUUGUGGCCUGGUUUCUAAUGAGGCAUUUCGUCUGAUUGGGCAGCAUUGUCAACUCUUGGAAGAACUAGACCUCACUGAUAAUGACGUCGAUGAUGAAGGGCUUAAAGCUAUUUCUCGUUGUUGCAAACUUUCUAGUUUGAAAAUUGGCAUAUGCUUGAAUAUCAGCGAUGAAGGUCUUGUUCAUGUUGGGGAAUCUUGUCCAGAACUCCGGGAGCUUGAUUUGUACAGGUCUAUUGGAGUAACUGACAAGGGUGUUUCAGCUAUAGCUAGUGGUUGCUGUAAUUUGCAAAUAAUCAAUUUGGCAUAUUGCACAGAAAUAACGGAUGAGUCGCUAAUAUCGCUGUCGACAUGCUACAAAUUAAACACACUGGAGAUACGAGGUUGUUCUCGGGUCACAUCUACUGGCCUCUCAGCUAUAGCUCUUGGGUGCCGACAAAUCACCGAGCUUGACCUCAAGAAAUGCUUUGAUGUUAACGAUGCUGGAAUGCUUCCUCUUGCACGCUACUCCCAGCGCCUCCGUCAGAUAAAUUUGUCCUACUGUUCGGUAACGGAUGUCGGUCUUCUGGUGCUUGCUAGCACGAGCUGCCUUCAGAGCAUUACCAUUUUGCAUUUAACUGGCGUGACGGCGAAUGGCCUUGUAGCUGCUCUACUGAGUUGUGGAAGUUUGACAAAAGUUAAACUUCAUUCGUCUUUUAAAUCCUUAAUUUCUCAACCUCUCCUCAAACACAUUGAAGCCCGUGGAUGUUUGUUGCAGUGGGUCGAUAAGCCUUUUCAGCAGAUUGAAAUGGAACCAAAUGAAGUUUGGAAGCAGCAAUCACAAGACGUGCUUGUACACUAGAAAUUUUUCUUUUUUUUUUUCUUUUUCCUUUUUGUCGACCCGGCAGUACGACGAUGGGAAAAACUUUCCAGGCCUAAGCUUGAGAAUGACCGAAUGAGAUAUCCUACUUUAAGCAUGAGUUGGUACUCCAAAGAUCACUAAUUGUACAACUGGUUGGAUUAUAUUCUUUUUGACAAAAUUGCUUGUACGUAAAUGGGUACUUUGUAUACUACAACCAAUCCUCUUUAAUGCCAAAAGUUUUUUUGCUUCUAGGAUCAAA